ACUCUUGAUGUGAAGGUCCUGUUUGCUCUUCUCCUGACUGCCGUAGCAGCUGAGGGUCAGUCUUUCCACCGAGGCAACUGCCCACAGCCGUCUGUCCAAGAGAACUUCAAUGUUACACAGUACAUGGGCACCUGGUAUGAAGUAGAGAAGCUCCCGGCCAUGUUUGAAAAAGGAAAAUGUAACCAGGCUACAUACAGUCUGCUGGAUGACGGGACUGUCAAGGUUCGCAAUGUAGAGCUGCUGCCUAAUGGGAAGAUAAGUUCAAUUGAGGGUGUUGCCAAAGUUAAGAACUCGUCUCAACCUGCUAUCCUGGAUGUCAGCUUCUUUAGAGGUGUUCCAGAUGCUCCAUACUGGGUUCUCUCCACAGACUACCACUCAUAUGCUCUGGUGUACUCUUGUUCUGAUUACUUCGGCCUCUUUCACAUCGACUUCGCCUGGAUCUUGGCUCGCACUCGGGUGUUGACUGGGGACAUUAUCCUUCAGCUGCAUGAUAAGCUGGCUGCUGCUGGUGUAAAGGUUAACCACCUUACGGUCAGUGACCAGACAAGCUGUGAUGUCAUGACCUAAGUUAUAGAAGUUUGAAAACUAGAACUAUAUCCGAUAACUGUAACCAUUUGAUUUCUUCAUGUCCUAAAUCAGUAAUAAAAAAGCAUACUAACAUCACACUGUUGACAAAAAAAAAGUCUGCUUAUGGUGAAGUUAAAUUUUAGUGCUUUAUUCUCUCUGCUGUGUAAUGUUCGUACACACAACAUUAAAAGAUGCAAUCUUUCAAUGAUUCUAUUUUAAAGGGGAGUUGUAUAUGGCGAUUGUAUACUUUAUAAAAUAAAAUGUGUCUUGGAGUUGAA